AUGUCAAAACUAGACAUACAGUUGGUUGAACCAGUAAUUUCCUUCAGAGGAGGACCACGGGAAGCAAUAGGAUGUUUCUUGCGUGGUGAUCUGAUAAUACAUUUACAGAAACCCACAAAAGUAAAAUGUAUCGAAUUGAAAUUUAUGGGAAGAGAGAAAAUAGGCUUUUCUGAAGGCACCUGUCCGAUAAGAAAUGGCACUAUACGCGAGGAGCGCGAAGUAAUCUCUCAUACAUGGACCUUUCUCGACCCCGUCCCCACAAAACUAACCGCCUCCGCCACACGAUUCCAUCUCCUUCGUAAAUCAAAUCCAAAAUCGAUACAAUCUCGCCUCUUACCCGCCGGAAAACAUACAUAUCCAUUCGAAUUACUUUUACCCGGGGAUUUGCCCGAAACAAUUCAAACCGAACACGUCAAUGUCGAGUAUACGUUAGAAGGAAAGUUGAUGACGAAUGGCAUAUUUCCUCGCCGAAAGAUAAAGAAACGCAUCGAGAUUGUGAGAACAAUACCAGAUCAUUUGAAUUCACAAGGCAUCGCGACGGCUCGAGAGAUCACAGACAGCUUUGCAUACGAAAUAUCACUUCCCAAGCUGGCAUACCCUAUUGCACAAACCGUACCGUUAGAUGUAAAGGUAUCACCACUAAGCAAGCACUUUAUACUUCAUGGUAUCAAAGUCGAAGUACACGAGAAAUGCGUGUACCACAUAAAGGGGCGCGAUUUCUCAACAUCUCGUAUAGUAGUAUCAGAGGCGCUACCAACCUUUGACAAAACGAUUCUGUCCGAAGACAGCAUUGACAACUUUUUCUACGAACGCACACUACCCCUCACUCUUCCGAAAUGCUCGUCUCACAUACACCCAUCGUGCGAUACGUCCGUAUUAACAAUCACUCAUCAGAUGAAAGUAGUCUUUAUCGUAUCUACGCCAAUAUUGGCAGCGCACAAGAUGCAAAUCAAAGUUAACCUGAAUGUGAAAUUGUUAUCGUGUAAAUGCACGGACGACCAUGAUAUUGCUUUACCUAAUUACGAGGAAGACAGUUGUUAUUGUCCUCGCGAUCCUGUUUACCAGAGGAUGGCACAUUUG